CCGUGGAAGAGGAGGACGGCGGCGGCGGCGGCGAGGAGGAGAGCGGGGGGCUCCCGGCUGCGGGCCCGGGCCGAGGGGAUGCAGCCGGCUGUGUGUGUCUGGCUGUAGCUGACGCGAGGCGGCCAGGCGGCGCCGGGGACCCGCCCGAGGGGCGACCGGGAGGCGGCGGCCGCCGCGAGAAGUAGCAGCGGGACCGGCGGCGGCGGAGACGGCAGCCCUGAGAUGCAUUUUCCUCUCCAGCGGCCAUGUUAACCAGGAAACCUUCGGCCGCCGCUCCCGCCGCCUACCCGACCGGCCGAGGAGGGGACAGCGCCGUUCGUCAGCUUCAGGCUUCCCCCGGGCUCGGCGCGGGGGCCCCCCGGAGCGGAGUGGGGACCGGCCCACCCUCCCCCAUCGCCCUGCCGCCUCUCCGGGCCAGCAACGCGGCCGCCACGGCCCACACGAUUGGCGGCAGUAAGCACACCAUGAAUGAUCACCUGCACAUCAGCAGCCACAGCCACGGACAGAUCCAGGUUCAGCAGCUGUUUGAGGACAACAGUAACAAGCGGACCGUGCUCACGACUCAACCAAAUGGGCUUACAACAGUGGGUAAAACAAGCUUGCCAGUGGUGCCAGAGCGGCAGCUGGAGAGCAUUCAUAGACGGCAGGGGAGCUCCACCUCUCUCAAGUCCAUCGAAGGCAUGGGAAAGGUGAAAGCCACACCCAUGACACCCGAACAAGCAAUGAAGCAAUACAUGCAAAAACUCACAGCCUUCGAACACCAUGAGAUUUUCAGCUACCCUGAAAUAUAUUUCUUGGGUCCAAACGCAAAGAAGCGCCAGGGCAUGACGGGCGGGCCCAACAACGGUGGCUACGAUGAUGACCAGGGAUCAUAUGUGCAGGUGCCCCACGACCACGUGGCUUACAGGUACGAGGUCCUCAAGGUCAUUGGGAAGGGGAGCUUUGGGCAGGUGGUCAAGGCGUACGAUCACAAAGUCCACCAGCACGUGGCCCUAAAGAUGGUGCGGAACGAGAAGCGCUUUCACCGGCAGGCGGCCGAGGAGAUCCGCAUCCUGGAGCACCUGCGCAAGCAGGACAAAGACAACGCCAUGAACGUCAUCCACAUGCUGGAGAACUUCACCUUCCGCAACCACAUCUGCAUGACCUUCGAGCUGCUGAGCAUGAACCUCUAUGAGCUCAUCAAGAAGAACAAAUUCCAGGGCUUCAGCCUGCCCUUGGUCCGCAAGUUUGCCCACUCGAUUCUGCAGUGCUUGGAUGCUUUGCACAAAAACAGGAUCAUUCACUGUGACCUUAAGCCCGAGAAUAUUUUGUUAAAGCAGCAGGGUAGAAGCGGCAUCAAAGUGAUCGAUUUUGGCUCCAGCUGUUACGAGCAUCAGCGUGUCUACACAUACAUCCAGUCGCGCUUUUACCGGGCUCCCGAGGUGAUUCUGGGGGCCAGGUACGGCAUGCCCAUCGACAUGUGGAGCCUGGGCUGCAUUCUGGCAGAGCUCCUGACGGGCUACCCCCUCUUGCCUGGGGAAGACGAAGGGGACCAGCUGGCUUGUAUGAUUGAGCUGUUGGGCAUGCCCUCCCAGAAACUGCUGGAUGCAUCCAAACGAGCCAAAAAUUUCGUGAGCUCCAAGGGUUAUCCCCGUUACUGCACUGUCACGACUCUCUCUGACGGCAACGUGGUCCUCAAUGGAGGCCGUUCCCGGAGAGGGAAGCUGAGGGGUCCACCUGAGAGCAGAGAGUGGGGAAAUGCACUGAAAGGGUGCGACGAUCCCCUUUUCCUUGACUUCUUAAAACAGUGUUUGGAGUGGGAUCCUGCCGUGCGCAUGACCCCGGGCCAGGCUUUGCGGCACCCCUGGCUGAGAAGGCGGUUGCCCAAGCCUCCCACCGGGGAGAAGACCUCAGUGAAGCGGAUAACCGAGAGCUCUGGUGCUAUCACGUCGAUUUCCAAGUUACCUCCACCUUCCAGCUCAGCGUCCAAACUGAGGACUAAUUUGGCACAGAUGACAGAUGCCAAUGGGAAUAUUCAGCAGAGGACAGUGUUGCCAAAACUCGUGAGCUGAGCUCCAGUCCCCUGAUGCUGGUAAUCUGAAAGAUACGAAGUUGCUGAGCCUUACUGGGUUGAAGAGGAGUAGCUCAGACCUGUUUUUAUUUGUUCAAUAACUCUAUUCAUUUGUAUCUUUUCAGCACUUAAUUUUAAUGUAAGAAAGUUGUCUGUUUUGUUUUUAUAAAAAUACAUGGGGACAAUGCUUUAAGUUUUUAUACUUUCUGAAA